GGGGCAGUGAAGCCCAAGGCGCUGCCCUGGGACCAGAGUGCCCCAAGCGAUCUGGGGCACAGAAGGCGCAGGCGGAUUGGGUGACUGCAGCAUCAAGUAGCGGCCCUUUGGCAACAGCAUCCGAAGCAGGUGUAGACAGGUUCUUUCCGGCUCCACCCUGGAAAGUCCUUUUGAAGAAAUGGCCCUGGUGAGGGGCGGCUGGCUUUGGAGACAGAGCUCCAUCCUCCGCCGCUGGAAGCGGAACUGGUUUGCUCUGUGGAUGGACGGGACCUUGGGCUACUACCAUGAUGAGAACGCCUUGGAUGAGGAGGACCGUGUGCUCAUCCACUUCAAUGUCCGCGACAUCAAGAUUGGCCAUGAGUGCCAGGAUGUGCAGCCCCCCGAGGGCCGGAGUCGAGAUGGCCUGCUGACUGUGAACCUGCGGGAGGGCUCCCGCCUGCACCUGUGCGCUGAGACCCGCGAUGAUGCCAUAGCAUGGAAGACAGCAUUGAUGGAGGCGAACUCCACCCCGCCCCCCGCUGGUGUUGUCCCUCCCAGGAGCCGCCGGGUUUGCCCCACAGUCAGGUGUGGGAGCCGUUCGUGGAGCCCCUGUAAGUUUGAGAGGCGGAUCUGGGUGCGUGUCUACAGCCCAUAUCAAGACUACUAUGAAGUGGUUCCCCCCAACGCACACGAGGCGACUUACGUCCGCAGCUACUAUGGACCAGCCUAUGCAGGUCCCGGCGGCGUGACACAUGUGAUCGUCCGGGAUGAUCCCUGUUACAGCUCUGGCGCCCCGCUGGCCAUGGGUAUGCUGGCAGGGGCGGCCACGGGAGCCGCUCUGGGCUCACUCAUGUGGUCUCCGUGCUGGUUCUGAGCCCCAGGAACCUGAGCGCUGGACCUGUGGGCAGAAGAGUAGAAGCUCCCUAGCCCUCCUAAUCUCCCCCCUGACCCCCACCAUCCCAACCAGCGCUGCCCCCUCUUUGGCCUCUUUUGCUUUUUAGCUCCUUCUGGGCUUGGACCAACCCUUCCACUCAUUACCCUCACCCCCAAUUAGGGAAGAAGUUGCCACAUCAAGCACAAACUUGGCUCAGAAGCUUCAACUUACCACCAGGCACCCCAGAAAUUGACAUAUUCUCACAACCCCACCCCACAACACAGUAGGGCAUAGAAAGCGAAACUCAGUG